AAGUAUUUUAUUUCAAGACUCAUUAUCUUACCAAGUAACAAGUUUCAAGUGAAAAAUGAUAUAGAUUUGUGGUGCAGCGGAUGAGGUUGCUCCAUCCUUAAUUAGAGAUGUAGAAUUCGACCCUAUGAAUGCUGCCACUUUAAUGAAUCCUACAACGCGCGCUUCAAUAUGAACCCCGGAACCGAUAAAAAAAAUAAAAAAGAUAUAGGAGUACCACUAUUUCCUAAUGAAUAUUAUAUUGUCUUUUGGGUGACAUAAAGAGCCACAUAAUCGAAAUGUAUAUAAACCUCAAGAAUAUACGUGUCUUGUAUACACAAUUCCUUGUCACUCUUCCCAUUCUUCCACCGCCAAAUAACCAAAACUCCGAUGGGUCAAUCUUCAUCGGCUGAGCAAGUUUCGCCGGAGCAACGGGAAGCAGAAUCAAUAGCUGCUUCAACUGGAGCUCUUCCUAAUUUACAGAAAGCUUUUUCUUUACUUUCUGAUCAUCAAAUGAACUCCAUUCCCAUACAUUCCCUCAAGAAAUGUUUUGAGUUCCCUAUCGAGCGAUCAACAAAUGAAGUCUCUACAGUGCCAAAGGAAUUUCCAGUUUUGAUGAGUCAUUUGAGUUCUUCAAUAGUUGACUUGUUUUUCUUGUCUGAAAAGGGAGGUAUCAGUUGGGUUGAGUUCCUAAAAGGUUAUAUUAGGUGUUCUGGAAGGACAGUUAGUUCAGCUUCACUUAAUCAUUUGUUAAGGUUAUUCGGGAUGAUAUCCGUCAAGGCAGGUCUUCCAGAAAAACUACAGGUUGUUUCCAAUGAGGAUGAUGGCAAAAUGAGUGGAUUUUUAUCACCUGUUGAUGUUCAGAUGCUUCUUUCUAUGUGUUGGAUUAUGUGGUGGGAUUCAAAGAAGUUGAAGGCUUCGUCUAGUUUGGGUGAUACUGGUCUUCCAGAUCUUACUCAUUUGGUUUUGUCAGCUAUAGAAUCUUGUGUGGAAGCUGAUAAAAAAUUGGAUUUAUGGGAUGAAAGCAUUUUAGACUUGGAUAUACAACUUCCUGCUGCAAAGGUUAUAAUGUGGGCUUUGAAGACAAUGCCAAGCCUCGCAGAUUGCUUUGGACAAUUUGUCCAUGCGAGACUUUUUUACACAGCUGCUCACGAGCAGGAAAAACUUGAUCAAGCGGACCUUUUCUUGCAUGAUAUUUCCGCAAAGGAAAUGAGUAUUGGCCAUCUCCUUAAUUCUGGAAGGGCUUGGGCUAUAUCACUUACGUUGAGGGGCACUUUAAAUGAAGAGAUUUCAAAAGCAUGCUUUCCAAGUGCUGCGGAUGAAGUAGAUGAUUACCUACUUUAUCGGUCUUCCCUUCAUGGAAAAGGUAUGAAUAGAUUCUGGUCAAAUGUUGAAGGAUAUAAUGGUCCAUUGCUAAUUCUUAUCUCUGCUCAUGAGCCCAAUAACGAUGCAAAGAGAUGGAUUAUUGGUGUUCUCAUUCAUCAGGGUUUAGAAAAUCAUGACUCUUUCUAUGGGACGUCUGGUUGUUUGUACUCUAUCAGUCCAGUUUUUCAUGCAUUCACGCCUUCAGGGAAAGAGAAAAACUUUGUUUACAGCCACUUGCAUGCAACCGUUAAAUAUGAAGCUCAUCCGAAGCCUGUCGGACUUGCUUUUGGAGGAUCUUCUGGCAAUGAAAGAAUAUUUGUCGAUGAAGAUUUUGCUAAAGUUACUGUUCGUCAUCAUGCUUGUGACAAAACUUACCAUCAUGGUCCUCUUUACCCUAACCAGGGGUUCCUACCAGUUGAAGCUUCGAUUCUAGACGUGGAGGUUUUGGGAUUGGGAGGAAAAAGGGCUAGAGAAAUUCAAACAUCGUACAAGAAGAGGGAGGAACUCUUUACUGAGCAAAGGCGAAAGGUUGACUUGAAAACAUUUGGAAAUUGGGAAGAUUCUCCUGAGAAAAUGAUGAUGGAUAUGGUUUCUGACCCAAAUCGAGUUCGCCGAGAAGAUCGAUGAGCUAAUUCUUCAGCAUAAGAGUUGUCGACGUGAUCCAGUACUUAUAUCACUAUGUGUAUAACGAAAUGUUCAAGCUCUCUUUGCUAUUUCACUUGUAUAAGAUUUGUAUGUUUUGCUUCAUAAGUCUGUAUUUCACACUUUGGUCAACUAUAGUAAUAGCUAGUUUGUUUUCCAGAAUAUCAGUUGCUACUAUGAAAGAGCUGACUGUCUAUACGAAAUCACUUCUCUACCUCUGAAGUAAAUGUAAUGUUUGUUUACGCUUUA